AUGAGUCAGCCACCGACGGGGGGCGCUGCCCCUGUCACAGCCGCGGCUCCUGCCGCUACCGGUGCCACUGAGGCUCGCUUGCAUCCGGAGGGCAGCAGCAGAAAGCAGCAGCGUGCUCAGUCACCCGCUAGACUGAGGGACAAUUCUGUCCGACAGGCAACCUCGACCACCCGGGCCCCAGCAGGGGCUGGCACUAAACUCAAUUCUAGUCGACAGCAGCAGCUGCAGCAGCAGCAGGGAAACAAGACCGGGAGCCGCUCAGCGCCUCCGGCCAGCGCCCGGGGAAGCGGAGGCGGAGCGGAGAAGGCCGCGCCCCCGGGGCCCAAGGGGGCGGCCUCGGGAGCUGUCCAGCCUGUAGCUGGUGCUGAAGCAGCCUUCGUGGCGACGGUGGCCCCGGUGGGUGUCAGGAGGCCUGGCCUGUCCGAGGAGCCGCUCCGGGAGCUAGAGCCCGCGUCCUCUAAACUCGGGGAACCCCCUCCGCUAGGGGAAGGAGGAGGAGGGGGUGGGGAAGGAGGAGGAGCCGUCAGUGGCUCCGGGGAAAGGGAGGGGGGCGCUCCACUGCCACCGCCGCCGCCCAGGGGCUGGCGAGGGAAAAGCGUCCGCGCUCAGCAGAGGGGCGGCAGCGGCGGGGAGGGGGCCUCCCCUUCGCUAUCCUCCUCCUCCUCUGCGGGCAAAACCCCAGGCCCCGGCAGCAGAAAUUCUGGGCUUGGCGUGGUGGCGGGUGGCGGCGGUGCUGGAGGGAGCUACUGGAAGGAAGGAUGUCUGCAGUCUGAGCUCAUCCAAUUCCAUCUGAAGAAAGAGCGGGCAGCGGCGGCGGCCGCGGCUCAGAUGCACGCUAAGAACGGCGGCGGCGGCAGCAGCAGCCACCGCAGCUCUCCGGUCGCCGGCGCCCCUGCUGUUUGUGAGCCCCUGGCGGUCCCUCCCGCCUCCCCAAUGGCGGCGGCGGCAGAGGGCCCCCAACAGAGCGCAGAGGGUAGCGCGAGCGGCGGGGGCAUGCAGGCGGCUGCGCCCCCUUCGUCGCAGCCGCACCCGCAGCAGCUCCAGGAGCAGGAAGAAAUGCAGGAGGAGAUGGAGAAGCUGAGGGAGGAGAACGAGACUCUCAAGAACGAGAUCGAUGAGCUGAGGACCGAGAUGGACGAAAUGAGGGACACUUUCUUCGAGGAGGACGCCUGUCAACUGCAGGAAAUGCGCCACGAGUUGGAGAGAGCCAACAAAAACUGCCGGAUCCUGCAGUACCGCCUCCGCAAAGCAGAGCGCAAGCGGCUCCGCUACGCGCAGACGGGCGAGAUCGACGGCGAGCUGCUGCGCAGCCUGGAGCAAGACCUCAAGGUUGCAAAGGAUGUAUCUGUGAGACUUCACCAUGAACUGGAAAAUGUGGAAGAAAAGCGAACAACGACAGAGGAUGAAAAUGAGAAACUGAGGCAACAGCUUAUAGAAGUUGAGAUAGCAAAGCAAGCAUUACAGAAUGAACUGGAAAAAAUGAAGGAGCUAUCUUUAAAGAGAAGAGGAAGCAAAGAUUUGCCAAAAUCUGAAAAAAAGUCUCAGCAGACUCCCACAGAGGAGGACAAUGAAGAUCUGAAAUGCCAGUUGCAGUUCGUGAAGGAAGAAGCCGCUCUGAUGAGAAAGAAAAUGGCCAAGAUCGACAAAGAAAAGGACAGAUUCGAACACGAGCUCCAGAAGUACCGAUCCUUUUACGGGGAUCUGGACAGUCCUUUGCCCAAAGGAGAAGCCGGGGGUCCGCCCAGCACCAGAGAAGCCGAGCUCAAGCUGCGGCUGAGGCUGGUGGAGGAAGAAGCCAACAUCCUGGGCAGAAAGAUCGUGGAACUGGAAGUGGAGAACCGAGGCCUGAAGGCGGAACUGGACGACCUGCGGGGCGACGACUUCAACGGCUCGGCCAACCCCCUGAUGAGGGAGCAGAGCGAAUCCCUGUCGGAGCUGCGGCAGCACCUGCAGCUGGUGGAGGACGAGACGGAGCUGCUGCGCAGGAACGUGGCCGACCUGGAGGAGCAGAACAAGCGCAUCACGGCGGAGCUCAACAAGUACAAAUACAAGUCCGGGGGCCACGAGAGCGCGCGGCACCACGACAGCGCCAAGACCGAGGCCCUGCAGGAGGAGCUGAAGGCGGCGCGCCUGCAGAUCAACGAGCUCAGCGGCAAGGUCAUGCAGCUGCAGUACGAGAACCGCGUGCUCAUGUCCAACAUGCAGCGCUACGACCUGGCCUCGCACCUGGGCAUCCGCGGCAGCCCGCGUGACAGCGACGCCGAGAGCGACGCGGGCAAAAAGGAGAGUGACGACGACUCGCGGCCGCCGCAUCGCAAGCGAGAAGGGCCCAUCGGCGGCGAGAGCGACUCGGAGGAGGUGCGCAACAUCCGCUGCCUCACGCCCACCCGCUCCUUCUACCCCGCGCCGCCGCCGGGGCCCUGGCCCAAGAGCUUCUCCGACCGGCAGCAGAUGAAGGACAUCCGCUCGGAGGCCGAGCGCCUGGGCAAGACCAUCGACCGCCUCAUCGCCGACACCAGCACCAUCAUCACCGAGGCGCGCAUCUACGUGGCCAACGGGGACCUGUUCGGACUCAUGGACGAGGAGGACGACGGCAGCCGCAUCCGCGAGCACGAGCUGCUCUACCGCAUCAACGCGCAGAUGAAGGCCUUCCGCAAGGAGCUGCAGACCUUCAUCGACCGCCUCGAGGUGCCCAAGUCCAACGACGACGCCGGCGCCGAGGAGCCCAUAUCCGUGAGUCAGAUGUUCCAGCCUAUCAUUUUACUUAUUCUCAUUCUUGUAUUAUUUUCAUCACUUUCUUACACAACAAUAUUUAAACUUGUCUUCCUUUUUACACUGUUUUUUGUACUGUAA